ACUAAAUUCCUUCUACUGCACCAUCGGCACGCAUGUCCCUCUCCUCUGCAGAGAAAAAGCGUAUCCGGGACCGUCGCGCCCAACAAACCCUGCGCACAAAGAAGCAGCAAUACACCGCGCAGCUAGAAGACAAAGUGGCGCAUUGCGAGCGCUACCACGACGACAGCGGCACGCAGCAUCUCCUACAAGUAAUAGAGGGCCUGCAACAAGAGAAUCAAGUUCUACGAAAUCGUCAAGAGGGACUAAAGUCAUUGAUCACAUCGUGGGAAGAUCCAUCAUCAUCCCCAUCGCAUCUACUGCAACCACAACCACCGACGCAACUUCCACUACCGCCUAUCCAGUCAUACACCACAACACCAAAACCAUCAUCAUCAUCAUCAUCAUCAUUAUCACCACCACCACCACAAACCAACAAGGAAGAAUCAAUACCACCUCUUUACUCCCUCCUCCCUCUGCACUCCGACCUCCCCACAACCCCCUCCCUUCUCUGGCUCGCCCUCCCCCCAUCCACAAUCAUCUCCUGCCCUCCUUCCCCUCACCCCCUCGACCUCCUCUACGGCACCAACACCAACCCCCUCGCCAACGCCAUCUACACCACCUCCCUCCGUCGUCCCCUGCGUGACCCCGAGCGUCUCGCCUUCGGCUGGCUCAGCUACCACUACAGCAAAUGGCUCUUCAACCCCACCUCAGAGACAUUCGCCAAGCUGCCGACCUUCAUGCACCCCGUCCAGGAACAGCUGCGUAUUCCACACCCGGCGUCACUGGAUAUGUUAAUCUGGCCUGAGAUCAGGGUGACUCUUAUCCGCGAGUGGGAGGUGUAUUCACGACAGAGGGACGAUCUUUUUGGGUUUCUGGCGUGUUGUAUGAAGGUAAGGUGGCCAUGGGGAGAGAGUCUCUUGGAGAGGGACGAGAAGAAUGACUUGGUCAUCAAGACGCGGUUCAAAAACAUGAUCAUGUGUAAGGAGGGAUGGGGCAUAACGAGGGAGUUUGUGGAUGUCUGGCCGGAUGUUGUUAGGGGGGUGGAUGUGGGUGAGGUGUUGAUGGAGAUUGGAUAA